AUGAGUGAUAAUUACAAUUAUGGUAGUUCUCGAAAACGUUAUGAAUGGAAAGAUGAAUACACAUCACAAGGAUUUGCUCCUAGAGAUAAAGCAUUAGAAAAAGAAUUGUUUGGUGUUGAUACACACGUUCAUAGUGGUCUUCAUUUUGAUAAAUAUGAACACAUUCCAGUUCGUUUUGAUGAUGCCAAUCUGCAUCCUUGUAUGAAGGAAAACAUCGCACUUGCUCGUUAUGCGAAGCCUACACCUGUUCAAAAGUACUCGAUUUCUAUUGUUACUGCGGGUCGAGACUUGAUGGCUAGUGCUCAAACAGGCUCUGGUAAGACAGCUGCUUUCUUGAUCCCUACAUGUUCGAGUUUGUUUAGUCAAGCACCUCAGUUGAUCACGCGUGCUGCUCCUCAUGACAAGCGAUUCAAAGUGAAGCCUCUUGUGUUGAUCAUUGCUCCUACCAGAGAAUUAUGUACACAAAUCUUUGAUGAAGCCAGACGCUUUUGUUAUCGAAGUAUGCUUAGACCUUGUUGUGUGUAUGGUGGUGCUGGUCCAGUAGGUCAAUUGAGAGAAUUAGAAAAGGGCUGUGAUGUCUUGGUGGCUGUGCCUGGUCGAUUAAUGGAUUUCAUUGAUCGUGGCAAGAUUGAUUUAUCCAACGUACGUUAUUUAGUCUUGGAUGAAGCAGAUCGUAUGUUGGAUAUGGGUUUUGAAGGAUCCAUUCGUGAAAUUGUAGAAAGAAAAGGCAUGAAUAAGAACAGAACGACCUUGAUGUACUCUGCUACUUUCCCCAAAGAAAUUCGUGCUUUGGCAAGAGAUUUCCUUAAGCCUGAUUACUUGUUCCUAAAGGUGGGACGUGUAGGUGGUACUACCACAGACAUUACUCAGCGCGUGAUGUGGGUAGAAGAAUCCGAAAAACGCACCAAGCUUAAAGAAGUCUUAUUGUCUCAACCUCCUUGUCGUACCUUGAUCUUUGUGGACACCAAAAGACAAGCAGACACGAUUGACCAAUUCUUGUACAAUGCUAAUUUGCCCAGUACUUCUAUCCAUGGUGACCGAAGUCAACGUGAACGUGAAGAUGCCUUGCUUGCGUUUAAGCGAGGCAAUUGUCCUAUCUUAGUGGCUACUGCUGUUGCUUCCCGUGGUCUUGAUGUUCGUAAUGUGAUGCAUGUCAUUAACUAUGACAUGACCAAUUCGAUUGAUGAGUAUAUUCAUCGUAUUGGUCGUACUGCUCGUGUAGGUAAUUCUGGUUUGGCUACAAGUUUCUUUAAUGACAAUAACCACCCUGUGGCUACUGACUUGACCAAGAUCUUGAUUGAAUGUGAACAACAAGUACCUAGUUUCUUGGAGAAAUAUCGUACCAAAAAUAUGCGUUUUAAGGAUGAUGAAGAUGAUGAUUAUUAA